AACAGCCAGUCUCUUCUAUAAUUUUCACACAAACCAAAGAUUCAACCGAAAAUUUAAUAACAUUGAACAUUUCGUAUAAUUUUUGGUAUAUGAAUAACAUUGACCAAAACAUUCAUAGAGCUAGCAUAUAG